CAGCUACAAACGGUCCUGAUGAUUGUUUUUACGGUCUAGAUCAGCCCGCGCGACGAUAUAAAAGGUUUUUCCCCGUCGCUCUUCCGCGGCGCCUUGUAAUUAAACCCUUCAGGGAGGAGGGUUUUUGGGGGGACAAAGGGUCCUUCCAUUUCUGGAAGUAAUUGACGGAGUAGUGUUGGUUCAGUGUUUUGCAGCUAAAGAUCCAGUUGUCGGAAGGUUUUCCAACAAUGGCUUUUGCUAGCAAGCUUGGCAACCUUCUGAAACAAACUGUAAGCAGAAAUAUUGGAUCUCAACUGCCUGGCCCUGCUAAUCCAUCUAUGGCUAUGCUCCAAGCCUUACGUAGCAUGUCCUCUUCAAAAGUUUUUGUUGGAGGACUUUCAUAUGGUACUGAUGAUACUAGUCUGCGAGAGGCUUUUUCUAGCUAUGGGGAAGUUAUUGAAGCUAGGGUUAUCCUGGAUCGAGAAACUGGUAGAUCUCGUGGUUUUGGCUUUGUAAGCUUUACAUCGAACGAGGAAGCUGCAUCUGCUAUCAGUAGCAUGGAUGGGAAGGAUCUUCAUGGGCGGAUGAUCCGUGUAAACUAUGCAAUGGAAAAGACGGGAGGAUUCCGUGGUGGGGGUGGCUAUGGUGGGGGUGGCUAUGGAGGUCGUGGGGGCAGUGGCUAUGGUGGUGGUGGAUAUGGAGGUGGAGGCUAUGGUGGAGAUGGUGGUAACUAUGGUGGUGGCGGUGGUUAUCGUGGAGGUGGAGGUGGAGGUAGCUACGGUGGUGGAGGUGGUGGGUAUGGUGGAGGUGGUUAUGGGGGCAGUGGCGGGCCUGGCGGCAGUGGUGCUGGCAGCUAUGGUGAGGUUGGUGUGGCAGGAGGUGGUGGUGGUGCUCCUGACAAUUAUGCUAGUGGCAGCAGCAGCUUUGGUGGAAGUGAUAGUUUGGGCCAUGGUGGCUCAGCUGGAGGAAGCUACGGUAGCCAGAAUGUGGACGAGGAUGGCGACAAUGUUUCACCUGCAAGCUCUGAUGAGGAUGAUGAUGGUGAGCCAUUGGAAGGGAAUGACAGAGACGAUGACAAUGAGCCCGAUGACUUUGCUGACAAGCGAAGUGCAUGACAUCCACCAAAAACAGCCGAGAUUAUCUUCGAUAGUUCAGAUCCCGCACUAGGUCGCAUAGUAAGAGUCCUGAUCCAAGGAUGUUUUCAACGAAUAACGAUCUUUUUCUCCUUUGCUGCUGUUAACAUUUUUCCUACAUUUAUUAUAAAAAGUUUCAUCCUGUUUGUCUUUGAAGGGAAUCUGUGAUGAAUAUGAACAAGUUUAUUUUGCUCCUUGUUUA